GCGGGACGCGCCGCUAUUGAUUUUUUCGCCCCCUGUAGCGAUUAUUGGAACUUUAGAAACCUGCGGCGGCACGUGCGUUAUGCGUGCACGUGUUUUGGUUCAAGUUAGGUCGUUCAUCCUGCAAUGGCUGCGGUUGAGAAAUUCGUGCUGGACAACCCAUUCCGUCCGUCAUCCGCUUCGGGGAAAGAUGCACCGCCGGGCCCUUGCGUUAUCCGCGACGACGGCUUCGCGAGAGAAACAUCUGAGCAACAGCGUGGCCCUGGCGCGAGUGGUCAACGUGUACCCAAGCGUCGCUUACCGGCGUGGGACUUCGGCUGCGACAGCUGUGACCAAGGGUUUGCGAGCCAGGCUGAUCUAUCCGCCCACCGUGCGGAGCACGUUGUGUGUCCGAGAGACGACUGCGGCUUCGAGGCCAGCCCAGCGGUCGUAGCGCUGCACCAGAAGUUGCAGCACAAUAGCCCAUUCAUUCGACGCACCGCAGCUGUCGGCGCCGACGAAGAUGUGGAAGAGUGGCGUCGCCAACGCAGGCUACGCUAUCCGACCCUGCAGAACAUCGAGGCCAAGAAGGCGGCUGAGGUGGAGCGCCAGGCGCGUCGUGAAGUCAUCAACGAAAUGUGCGCGGCGGCCGCCGUCGCAAGCGUCACAACAAGCGUCGGCAGCGCGCACACCGGCGUGCGUCGCCGGUCAAUCGCGUUCAUCAGCCUCCUUGGCAACCACAACGUGCAGCUCAGCCGGAACCAUUCGCCUAUCGAGGAAGAAAAGCCCGCGCCAUGUGAAGACGAGCCGGACCAACAGAUUACCGAUUCUGACGGCGAGCAGCCCAACGCGAAUGGUGCGAAGCCCCCAGAGUCCUCGGUCAGCGGCGUCCUGGCUUCUCUCAUGGCGUGCUACGGAAGCGACGAUGACGAAACAGCGGUCGAGGAUUCAAACAGACAAGUUCAAACAAAUAAGCAGGAACCGUCAGAAGAGGCGCCGCCACCUGCUCCGAGCAAAGCCUUACCAGCCAAGCUGAAGCCAGCAGUGCGACCCAAGGCGACGUCGCUGGCUGCGGGUAGCGCAGGUUGGCCUCACCGGCGAAAGCUGACGCUCUUGCAGCGACUGCUGGCUUCAGAAAUGCGACGCGAACGCAACGUGAUAUUGCAGUGUGUGCACCAUGUCGUGGACCAUGACUUCUUUGGUCAGGCCGGGCCCAAGGAUACAUGAGCGCCUGCCAUGCGACUACUAAGUGUACAUAAAAUACCGCUGUGUCUAUAGGUACGUGCGUCGGGCGUAACCGAAACCGGCAGCCUAAAGCUACGUCGGACGUCGCGCUUUUUCGCGAACUUGCACUCUAGUGACUCCGAAUUCGACCCGCCGGUCCGGCGUUUGUUCCGCACGGUUGACCUCGUGCACCCCCGGAAGCGCAGAUCAGGGGGAUACGUCGGACGUUGCUACUUUCUCGCCUACUCAAGCUUGGUUAUAGCACUUGAUUUAAAAAACAAGAAAAAGCGGACUCACGCGCGCUGGUUUGGUUUUGUUAGGCGGUUGCGGUUUCAAAGAGUAUCGAGUGAAGCGGCACCAAGAAUCUAGCAGAAACAACUUUAUACCCAGAAUGGUUUCCAUGCAAACUCAACUGGCUACAUGGACAUAGGAAACCACAUUCACAUGAGCACUGCACAGACACUUUUUUGCAGCAAAGGCCCUAGAUGCUGCUAUGAUUCCCUAUCAGAAAUGCAACUAGGCGUGACCCCCCCCCCCCCCAAAAAAAAAAGCACUGCCGAGGCAAACUUCCAUGAGAGUUUGCCCCUUCUUUCUGUUCAAAAGGGGAUCGUGGCGACUAGCACAAACUUGUGAUGCAGAUGGCGGUUCGUCGUUUGCAUGAAAACUGAAGACACGUUUUGCGUGCGGUGGGGAGAUGACAUGACAUGCUAUUUAACAUCAGUGAUGUUAAGGCCUAGACCAAUAGACAAGUUAUCACGCUAUCAGUUUCCUGUCAGUAGUCCUUUAAGAAAGCAUUCACACCGGCAACUAACAGAAGUCUACCACUGGCACUGCCGACCGCGAUGCCGUUUAUUAUGUUAUCGGCAGUGCUCACCCGGCUUGUUCCUUGUCGAUUAUUUGCAAGCUGGUACGUGGUAGCCUCGACCCACCCUAUGACUGAUGCGUCCCACUACAUCACGACGACCAAUGUAUCUUUAGGCUCGCGGUUCCGGGUGCGUCUGGUGUACAGUACUUUCAGCUUUUAGGAUUCGCGUACACCCGACGUAUCUUUAGACUCCCGGUUUUACAUAUGUCUGAUGUACCUUCAGCUUUUAGUAUUCCAGUACAUCCCACAUACCUUUAGACACAGCGAUAAAACACACUGGUUUUCUGAACAGUACCGGGCUUUUGGUGAAAGCACGGUGCAUGCAACCACCCUCCAUGAUUCAUUUAAUUCACAGGGUUCCUCCUUGAGAUGACAGAACUUGCAAAAGUUAUUUAUGAACUCAGCUGUUUAACCUGGACACAUAAGACAAGAAACAAACGGCAACACAAAACGCACAGGCUGCCUUUUCAUUGUUUCUCUGUCAGCAGCGACAUGAGCACUGCAGUUCACUUGUCAUCUGAGGCUGGCUUGUUAAGAAAACCUGGUUGUUGUGAUCCUUCACCACUUGGAAGUUAUAAGCACAAUGAUUGUAGAUGGCUCGCUUUGACGUUGCGGAAGCAGUCAUGUCGGAGCACCAACAUAGCGAAAUGCACACUUUGUGAUGUCACGUUAGUGCUGUCAGCAAAUCACAUGCUAUUUUUGCAUUAUUCAUGCUCAGAGGCCAAAUAUCGUACCAGUAAUGUCGUUAUAAAACAGGUCACUUGUCGUGCAUCUCUUGAUGACACCCAAGCCAUCAUGUGUGUACAUGUCGCAAACAGGCUAUUAAUAUUAAUGACACGAGAUCAUCUUUGAGACAGACCAGCUGCAUGUGCCACAAGCUUUCUAGUUUGCCUAUAUGUUUAUACCGUAACCUAUGUCUAUACUAAAUGAAGAAGUAAUAACGGAUGAAAAUUUUUAAAAUAAAAUUCAUGCCUCCGAUUGAGUAUAAGGAAGAAAGCAGGCAAGAAAAGCACUACACAUCUAUUAAGACAUAAUGCCAACUCCAUUUAUAAGUGGAAUGAAACAGCAUUAAAUCGUACGGAUUGUGCAGUGAUUGCACAGUGAUCUGAUGAAAGUGUUGUUGGUUUCAGAAUGAUCAACGAAGUUGCUUGUUGGCUUAGCAACAGUGUAUUGUACAUUAUCACAACAUGAGAGAGAUGGUC